AUGAACGUUCUUCAUUGGGUUUUCGGCUUUGGUCUGAUCUACUCCACAUGCCUAGCCCUUGUCACACCUCAUACGGCGGGAUGGAAGAUGUUCAGAAUAACAAUCACUCCGUUCAUCUCUAUCGGAUGGUUGUGGUGUGCAUUUGGUGUCCAUCAAAUCAACGAUGAUGAUCUAUGGGGUACUGCUAUACUCAUGACAUACUUCGCUUUGCCUAGAACACUCGAAUUAUUAGUCUUUUUCCCUCCGGAGGAAAAUGUUUUUCGUCUUCGAACUUCGAAGCCCACCAUCAAAUCUAUGAAUGGUAAGGGGCACAACGGGAUCGAACAUCACGAUCUCGGAGAGGGGAAAGAGUCCGAGAAAGUUAAGGGACAUGAAGACGAAGUUCUACCUGAACCUAUACCUGCACCUUUCACCUUGGCCAAAUUUUAUUGGGCAAGCUCCCUCUGGUGGUCACUUCGUGGUGUAGGAUGGAAUUAUUGCUGUCCUCUUCCUCAUUCCUCUCGAAUUCAUCCUUACACCCGAUCCUCAUCCAGACGUUCAUACCUGUUGGCCCGACUACAAUUUUAUCUCAUUUGGUGGCUACUCUUCGAUGUCUUACGAAGUUUUAUGAACCUUUCCUCCGCCUCUGCGUACUUUUCAGGUCGACCAGGUGUAGCUCCCUUGUACAGCGAUCUCAGUCAAUGGGAAAGAGGAGUGUACAGUGCAUGUGUAGCUUUACGUAUUAUCUUUGGGUGCGAAAAGUCGCACUGUCUAGUCAGUUCGGUUUUCGUGUUGAUAGGAGGGAUGAUGGGAUGGGAAGGUGAAAUCUGGAGUCCUUGGGGUUGGCCGCCUUUAUUUGGGACAUUAGGAGAAGUGUGGAGGAGUUCGGGACUAUCAAACACUUGGUCGAGGACAUGGCAAGGAUAUUUCCGACGUUGGUUAUGGAUCUUCGGUGUGAAACUCAUUAGUGAAGAUAUCCUACAUCUUCCUCAUUCUGGUCCAUCUCCCCAUUCUCAUUUCAUGUCUCAAUCUUCUAUCCCUCCUACAACUUCUGAGACAUCCAGUCCGGCACAAUCAUCAGGUCGAUCGACACCUUAUCACCCACUCCCAACUGCUAAACCCCUCGCUCCUCGUCGACUAUCAACCAAGAUGGUCCUAGCCAAUCUGUUAAAAUCAAUCAUCGUGUUUUCCCUCUCAGGAUUGAUACAUGAUGUCGGAACGUACAUUUUACUUUUCACAGAAAGAAACAGUAAUCCUCAUUGGAGAGAAGUACUUGUUCUCACUCCGUUCUUCGCUAUUCAACCUUUAGGUUUGGUGGUGGAAGCGGUGAUCAAGACGUUAUAUAGAGGAGUGAAACGAAGAUGGUUUUUGAAAUCAAAUAUUGGUAUGGAAAGUCCGCAAUGGCUGACAUUCUUGGAAAGACUCGUUGGAUUUGUGUGGACUUGGGUAUGGAUAGGUUGGACUGCGGGAUGGUUUGUCGAUGGAUUGACAAAGGCUGGUAUGUGGAGAAGAGGGGAUGGGAGAGUAGAACGACCUAGUUUGGUGGGUGGUUUAGUGUGGGGAAAAUGGAUGCAUUAG